AAAAAAAAGUUAAAAAGUGUCCUGCUCCGCUGAGAAUUCGGCUUUUUUAGGGAGGGCCUGGAAGAGAACGGCAGGGCGCGUUAAGUCAUUCAUUCGCAGUCCUCUGCGCUCUUGCCUUCUUCAGUCCUUCGCUGUGUUUUGUCAAAGUUUACCAAACCGUUAAAAUUUUAAACAGAGGGUUUGUGGAUCUCGUCGCUUCCAGGCACGUCCAAGAAGAGAAGUGUAAGAAGGACCGAAAUGGCGCCGCUGGCCCGUGCGAGGCCACAUGCUCAGCAUCUCCCAGGUGCGGAUGGAGGAUGCUGGAAUCUAUUCUGUAACCAUUGGGGAUAAAACAUUCACCUUCGACCUCCAGGUGUACAGAGAGCUGGCAGAGCCCACGGUGACCUGCGAGGCCCAGAACUGCUCGGACGGGAGAUGCAGCUUGUCCCUGCGCUGCUCCACGCCCGGCGCUGGCCUCGGGAACGUCUCCUACACUUGGAGAGUGCGGGAUCAGCUAUUGGCUGAGGGCCCCAUGCUGCUGGUGAAUGAAUCACUCUCGGAUAAGCUGGAGCUUCUGACGUGCACGGCACGGAACCCCGUCAGCACCAUGAAUGUCACCGUCACCACCCCCAUGGUGCUCUGCCCAGCAAACACCACGGACCCUCCCAGCCCAGGUGCCCACUCCGGCAGCUGGAUCAAGAUCUUCAGCAUCAUAGCUGGGAGUGGAAGUGGGUUGCUUCUUUUGGCUGUAUUGUUUUGCUUCAUAUGGUACUGUAAAUCCAAAGCAGUGCUCUGCAUGAAGAAAAGGCACAGGGGCACUGCUGGCAGCCAGCACGACUCACACGGUGCUGCUGCAGACCACAUGAUGGACAGCGAGAAGCAGGCCGAAGAAUCUGAUGGAGAGCCUGGAGAAGAUCAACCCUUUGGUGCUGUACAACACUACAAAAGCUCUUUCUGUUGCUAAAGCUUGAGAACAAACAAACCUACAAACACUAAUUCUCUCCCAGAUCAGGAAAAGGAAAGGGUGAAAAAACAUAAAGAAAACAACAUGGACACUGAGGUCAGUAAGGAAGGAGUCAAAUUCUUGUUGGGAGGGGAUUGCGGAGAUGCCUUAGUCUUGGGCUGAAAUUCUUUGUGAGGCUAUGGCGAAGAUAUAUUUGAUAUAUCAGCCUUUGUUUUUUCCCUGUAAUUCAUGGGAGGAUGUAACGUUCUAACCACAGCCAUGAGCAGAAACAUCAGUGUUGAAAUAAGCAGACGUUGCAGUAGCUGUGAUCCAAUGAGAAAUUUGAACAGAGAGAGAUGAUAAUGGUGAAAAACCUUGCUCUCUGUUCCCAGAGAUGGAUUAAAAGAACUUUUGUUUUUAUGCUAGAAUAGCUCAUCCUUAAAAAUAACACCCUAGUAAGGUGACAUGGCCCGUGAACGCAGCUGAGGGAAGGCUGUGAAAGAUGGGAGGCACUUCACGAUUGCAGAUUUCCAGGCAGCCACGAGUGAACUGUUCCUUGUUGUGGCAGCUGUAGCUUGAAACUGGACAGAAACCCCAAUUUUGUGUACUGGUUUUGGUUCGCUAAUUGGAGAUUUCUCUCUUAAUGCACUGAAAUUAGUGUUGGCCAAUCACUAGGGCCCUGCUAUAGUGGCAGGGCAAACCCCAUCAUGGGAAUAAUGUGUACUGACUCCCUGAUUUCAGAAGGCUGAAUGAAAUACUUUGUUAAGCUACACUAUAUUACACUAUACUGUAUUAAUAAUGCUAUACACUACAAAAACCAGACAGUCAUGACACAGCUUUAACUUAAUUGGUCAAUCAGUCCAAACAAUCGUCACCAGAGUCCAAUUAAAAUCUCAGUAAACAAUCUCCAUAACAGCUUCCAUAUGUGCCAAACAACAGGCGCAGCAAGUAGAGAUAAGAAUUGUUUUCUCUCCCUGAGCUUUCUCACUCCUUUCCUCAGGAAAAAUCCUGGGAGAGAGAAUUAUGUCUCUCUCUGUUCAGAGAAUGUGAAUACCACAUACUGGAAUGUAAUUACCCUUUUCUUGUUGUGAGAUAUGAUUAUGGAAUGGCAAAGCAGUCUCAAAACUUGAAAACAGUAUUAUGAAAAAUGUAUUACUUAUUUAUUCUUUAUCCUAUUAUUUUUUUAAUAUUUAUUCCUAUUUAUAUUUUAUUAUUAUUAUAUUUAUUUAACAGUAACUAAAAUGAAGGACUACUAAGAAUUAAAAGAAAAUCUUCAGAAAAUUCCUCUUCACCCUACAGCUUUUCUUUGCCUACUGACAAUGCAAAGUGACAAAACCUAAAAUUUCAGUCAGUUUACUAUUUACCUCUAGAAUAGUCUUUCUUCAUUUCACUUUGGGAGAGUAGUCUGUCUUGUUAAUGUUAUGGGGACUUCUCCACAACAAAACGGUUCAUUCGUGGCUCUCUCCAUGAAUAGCAGCCACCCAAGGAAAUCUGCAGUCAUUAAGUUCCUCCCAUUUUCCACAAGCUUUUCCCGAGCUGUCAGUUUAUGGGGUAUUGUCUGAAAGAUGAGCUGUUCAAGAGCAAAGGUUCUCUUUAUCUUAGGAUUUCAGCCUAAAAUUAAAGGCAUCUCCUCACCUCUCCCAUCUGGGUCUCAACUUCCUCUUCACUGACCUUGGUGUCUUCAUGUUGCUCCCCUACAUGCCAGUAUCUGGUCCUUCUUCCCUGACUAGAGGGAGGAUGGGAGCACUGAGCGAGUUAAUAUCUCAUGUGGUGUGGAUGAGCUUAGCAGCUGGUCUGCAGGCCAGACCACUGAGUUAGCCGAAGAACAAAUUGAUAAAAUACCACUUUAUCCAUAGCAAGGACGUUAGCACGGUAACCGAUAGAAUAGACACAUAAGGGAUAUUUGCUGGGAGAGGAGACGUGCAUUACUGAGCAGCAUUAGGUGCCUUAAAAACUUGUAAACACUUGCCAUUUCAGUACCUGACAUUAAUUUCUUUGUACCAGUAAAAUGCAAUAAGCUGUUUCUUUCUGAAUGUGAAGAACUUUUUGUUUUGAUGUAAAGACUUUUUAGGAGUGUAAAACUUCAGAAGAAUUUGUAACAAUAAAGGAGGUACUGUUACUGUCUUUGACAA